AUGGAAACCAAAACACUCAUCCUUAUCGCCGUCUGCUGCCUCGCCGGAACCACAGCCUUCGCCGCCGUCAAACCCACUUCCAACUACAUCAAAUCUUCUUGCGCCACCGUCACCUACCCUGCUCUAUGCGAACAGUCCCUUACCCCCUUCGCCAAAACCAUCAAAAGCAGCCCAUCUCAGUUAGCCCGUACGGCGUUGGCCGUGAGCUUCAAGCAAUCUCAGUCGACUCAGGCUUACCUUAACAAGCUCAAGAGAUUCAAAGGGUUGAAACCCCGUGAGAGAUCCGCCAUCGGAGACUGCUUAGAAGAAGUGAGUGACAGUUUGGACCGGGUCAGCAAAUCCAUCAAUGAGCUCAAGACAUGUGACCGGGUCAAGGGUCAGGAGUUCACAUGGCAUAUGAGUAAUGUCCAGACAUGGGUUAGCUCUGCACUCACUGAUGAGAACACUUGUAUGGACGGGUUCGGGGGUCGGGCCAUGGAGGGUCGGAUCAAGACUUCGGUUGGGGCUCAGAUCACGAGUGUUGCUCAUGUUACUAGCAAUGCUCUAGCCCUAGUUAACAGCUUUGCCCAGAAGAAACAUUAG